AUGCACAAUCCUAAUAUUCAUACCUCUAUCAUUGAUCUUGAACAUGCAAUUAGUCAUACUUCCGACGAUAAUACAAUAACAGCCAAUUAUAUCGAUGAAGAGUUUUACUUCCAAUCAAACCCUAAACCUUCUUAUUUAAAUCAAUUAAUUGAUACUACAAAAAAGUUUCUUUCAGCCACAGAAAAUGAAAAUAACAAAAAGCGUGUUGUAUUGGUUACUUCUGGUGGUACUACUGUUCCAUUGGAAAAUAAUACUGUGAGAUUUAUUGACAAUUUUAGUGCCGGUACAAGAGGUGCUUCAAGUGCAGAACAAUUUUUGUUUCAGGGGUACCGUGUCAUUUUUUUACAUAGGGAAUUUUCAUUAACUCCAUUUAACAGGUUUUUCACGCAUUCCACAGAAACCACCUUUCUAGAUUAUUUUACUCAGGGUGGAACUUCAAUUAAUCCUCAAUUUCAAAAAAAAAUUAUUGAACAGAAAAAACUAUAUGAUACAUAUAAAGACAAUUUAUUAAUGCUACCUUUUACGACGGUCAACCAAUAUUUAUGGUCGUUAAAGGCACUGGCUACAUUAUUAAAUAAUAAAUUUUGUCUAUUUUAUUUAGCAGCAGCUGUCAGUGAUUUCUAUGUUCCCUUUAAUAGAUUACCCAAACAUAAAAUUCAAUCACAGGUAGAGAAUAACUAUAACAAUAGUUUGAACAAUAACAGCGCAAUUAAUAAUGAUGGAAAGUUAAUCUUGGAUUUAGAUCCUGUACCUAAAUUUUUAAGAAGAUUGGUGGAAAGUUGGGCUAGUCAAGCUAUGAUAGUGUCAUUCAAAUUGGAAACUGACAGUUCUAUUUUAAUUAAAAAGGCGGUGCAAGCUUUGAAAAAAUACAAUCAUCAGUUAGUUAUUGGAAAUAUGCUACAAACCAGAAAUAAGGAAGUUGUAUUUGUAAGUGAGAAUAGCAACAGCAACAACAAUGACAACGAUAUCAACGUGGAAUGGAUUAGAAUAAAUGAUAGCAAUAAAGAAGUUAUAGAAGCUUUAAUCAUUCCAGCAGUUAUUGAACAUCAUACUCAAUGGAUUGCAUUGCAAAAUUAG